GUCCCACCCUCCGAGCGGGUCAUCCUGCCUCCCCUGAGCGACUCUCCGAGUCCCCCACGGAGCCCACCCUUACUUGCCGGGCCUCAAUGUGUUCCCUCUGCAUUCUCUCGCCUUUUGCCCCUCGGGGUCUCUGCCUGCCUCCUGCCCACCGCUGUCCUGCCCUGCUCUCCGGGACCCUCAUCCCCGGCCGGUUCUGCGUUCACUAAGAAUCUUUCCCCAGACAAAAUCAACUUGAGCACACUGAAAGGGGAGGGUCAACUGACCAACCUGGAGCUGGAUGAGGAGGUUCUGCAAAAUGUAUUGGAGCUGCCCACCUGGUUAGCCAUCACUCGGGUCUACUGCAACAGGGCCUCCAUUAGGAUCCAGUGGACAAAGUUGAAGACACACCCAAUUUGCUUGUGCCUGGAUAAGGUAGAAGUGGAGAUGAAGACGUGUGAGGAUCCUCGGCCCCCCAACGGACAGUCUCCCAUUGCCCUUGCUUCAGGACAGAGUGAAUAUGGCUUUGCUGAAAAGGUGGUGGAGGGGAUGUUCAUCAUUGUCAAUUCCAUCACUAUCAAGAUUCACUCCAAAGCCUUCCAUGCUUCUUUUGAAUUGUGGCAGCUCCAAGGCUAUAGUGUGAACCCCAGCUGGCAGCAGAGUGACCUUCGCCUCACCCGCAUCACUGACCCCCGCCGAGGAGAGGUUCUAACAUUUAAGGAAAUAACUUGGCAGACACUUCGAAUUGAGGCAGAUGCUACAGACAAUGGUGACCAGGACCCAGUCACCACUCCACUGAGGCUUAUUACCAACCAAGGCAGGAUCCAAAUAGCACUCAAAAGAAAAACCAAAGAUUGCAAUGUGAUAGCGUCCAAGUUGAUGUUCCUGUUGGAUGACCUGCUCUGGGUGCUGACUGACUCGCAACUCAAGGCUAUGAUGAAGUAUGCAGAGUCGCUGAGUGAAGCUGUGGAGAAGUCAGCCCAACAGAGAAAGAGCCUGGCCCCUGAGCCUGUACAGAUCACUCCACCUGCUCCCAGUGCCCAGCAGACCUGGGCUCAGGCAUUUGGUGGUAGCCAGGGUAACAGCAACAGCAGCAGCAGCCGUCUCAGCCAGUACUUUGAGAAAUAUGAUGUGAAAGAGUCCUCCUACCAUCUGCUCAUCUCCCGCUUGGACCUGCACAUUUGCGAUGAUAGCCAGUCCCGAGAGCCAGGUGUCUCUGCAAACAGACUCAUGGGUGGUGCCAUGCAGCUUACCUUCCGCAAGAUGUCAUUUGACUAUUAUCCCUUCCACUGGGCAGGUGAUAGCUGCAAACAUUGGGUACGGCACUGUGAGGCUAUGGAGACUAGAGGCCAAUGGGCCCAGAAACUGGUGAUGGAAUUUCAGAGUAAAAUGGAGAAGUGGCAUGAAGAGACAGGCCUGAAACCACCCUGGCACCUGGGGGUAGACUCUCACUUUCGGAGGAAAGCAGAUUCUCUCUCCAGUCCUCGAAAGAUCCCUCUUGAGAGAAGUCCCUCUCAGGGCCGACAGGCUGCCUUUCGGCCUCCAGCAUGGAAUCGCUUGCGCUCUAGCUGUAUAGUAGUUCGGGUAGAUGACCUGGACAUCCACCAGGUUUCUACAGCUGGACAGCCAAGCAAGAAGCCAUCUACACUUCUUUCCUGCAGUCGGAAGCUCCACAAUCUGCCCACUCAAGUCUCUGCCAUUCAUAUUGAGUUCACAGAGUAUUACUUCCCAGAUAAUCAGGAGCUUCCAGUUCCUUGUCCCAAUCUCUACAUUCAAUUAAAUGGUCUAACAUUUACUAUGGAUCCUGUCAGCUUGCUCUGGGGAAACCUCUUUUGUCUGGAUUUAUACCGCAGCUUAGAGCAGUUCAAAGCUAUCUACAAGCUGGAAGAUUCAAACCAGAAAGAUGAACACUUGGACAUCCGUCUGGAUGCCUUCCAGUUGAAGGUUAGUUUCCCACUGGAGAAGAGAGAGCAAGCGGAACUACAUCGUCCCCAGGCCCUUGUCUUCUCUGCCUCAGGCAUGGUUGCCACCAAUACACGUCAUGCCCCACACUGUGGCUCUCCAGAUCUUCAGAGUCUCUUCCGGGGUUUUGCUGCUGCUGAGUUCUUUCAUUCCAAUUAUGAUCGCUUUCCUAAGGUUCCUGGUGGCUUCAGCCUUCUGCACAUGCUUUUUUUGCACCAUGCCUUCCAGGUGGAUUCCUGCUUAUCCCAGCCUAGUACCCUUGCUUCACAGAGGCCUAAGGCUUCCCAGGAUCUCUGGUCUGUCCACUUCACCCAGAUCUCCUUGGAUUUUGAGGGAACAGAGAACUUCAAAGGCCAUACCUUGAAUUUUGUGACCCCCUUCCCCUUGUCCAUUUGGGCCUGCCUACCCCUCCGCUGGCAGCAAGCCCAGGCACGGAAGCUCCUUUUGGCUUCAGAGGGAAGGCUGAAACCAUCAGCCAGCUUUGGCAGUCCUGUCCAGUGUGAAGCUCUUGCCUCUGACUCUGUGUCCCAUCAGAGGUCAAAAACUGAGCAUGAUUUGAAAAGCUUAUCAGGCCUUACAGAGGUCAUGGAUGUUCUGAGAGAAGACAGUGGUGGUGUGGACAACAAAACACCUCUGACAGAACUAGAGGAUGUAGCAAAUGUUCACAUGCUUGUACACUCCCCUGCCCAUGUCUGUGUGAGACUUGACCACUACCAGUACUUGGCUUUGCUCCGCCUCAAAGAGGUGCUGCAGAGGCUUCAGGAGCAGCUGACCAAGGAUACAGAGGCCAUGACUGGGUCUCCCUGGCAGGACCAGACAGCUUGCAUUGGAGUCCUGUUUCCCAGUGCUGAGGUGGCUCUGCUUAUGCAUUCUACGUCUGGGGCUGUUGAUGCUGACUCUGCAGGUUCAGAUAGCACUAGCCUUGUGGAUUCAGAGCUGUCUCCUUCAGAGGAUCGGGAACUGAAGUCUGAUGCCUCUUCAGACCAGGGCCCAGCAAGCCCAGUGAAGGUCCUGGAGGACAGUAGCACUGAGAAUCUGGAUGCAUCCCAGGAGAGGCCUCAUAGCAAUGGAGAACUGCAGGACUCAGGUCUACUUGCUCAGCAGCUGGCAGGGAAGGGUCAUGAAGCAGUUGAGUCCCUACAGGCCAAGAGACUGAGCAGAGCCCAAGCCUCGAGCUCCCCAGCUGCACUGAAGCCCCCAGCUGGCAGGGAUACUGCUGUGAAUGGACAGGGUGAGGUCAUCCCCUUGAAGAACAUUGAGGGAGAAUUGUCAAGUGCUAUUCACAUGACCAAGGAUGCUACCAAGGAGGCUCUACAUGCCACCAUGGACCUCACCAAGGAAGCUGUGUCGCUGACUAAAGAUGCCUUCAGUCUGGGCAGAGAUCGAAUGACUUCCACUAUGCACAAGAUGUUGUCUCUGCCUCCAGCCAAGGAUCCCAUGGUCAAGACAGAUGAGGGGGUGGCAGCCCCAGUGAGUGGAGGUGCUGCCCGACUCCGAUUUUUCUCCAUGAAGAGGACAAUAUCUCAACAGUCAUUUGAUGGUGUCUCAUUGGAUAACAGUGGCCCCGAAGACCGGAUUUCAGUGGACAGUGAUGGCAGCGAUAGCUUUGUGAUGCUCUUGGAGUCUGAGUCUGGCCCAGAUUCUGUUCCCCCAGAAUCUUUUUCAAAUGUCUUGGAUGAUGCUGGUGUUCAAGGGAGCCCUGCUGUGGAUAAUUAUGGCCAGGGGUCACCAGAGGCUCACAGCUCAGUUUCACCCAAUGGAGAAGACCUCAUCUUUCACCCGGUCUCGGUUCUGGUCCUGAAAGUCAAUGAGGUGUCUUUUGGAAUUGAGGUACGUGGUGAGGACCUGACUGUAGCCCUGCAAGCAGAGGAGCUGUCCCUCCAGCAGUUGGGCACCGUGGGACUCUGGCAGUUCCUGCGUGGACAGUGCCUGGGUACAUGCUUUCAGGAAUCUUCCACUGUGAAGACUGGCCACAUCAGGCCAGCUGUGGGCCUUCGCUUUGAGGUGGGGCCUGGUGCAGCUGUUCAUUCCCCCCUUGCCACACAAAAUGGCUUCCUGCAUUUCUUGCUUCGCGACUGUGACCUUGAGAUGCUCACUUCGGUGCUCAAUGGCCUGGGUCCCUUCCUGGAGGAUGAGGAGGUCCCAGUGGUAGUCCCCAUGCAGAUUGAGCUCCUGAACUCCAGCAUCACCCUAAAGGAUGAUAUCCCCCCCAUCUAUCCAACGUCUCCAGGCCCUGUCCCCAUCACUCUGGCCAUGGAACAUGUUGUGCUGAAGCGGAGUGAUGAUGGUGUGUUCCACAUAGGCGCUACUGCUCAGGACAGACCAGCAGCUGAAGUACCUAAGAGUGAGAAGAGGCAACCCCCAAAAGAACAGGUGUUCCUGAUGCCCACAGGAGAGGUUUCUGGACAGCAGGUGAAAGAACUGCCUAUCCUUCAAAAAGAACUUAUCGAAACUAAACAAGCAUUGGCCAAUGCCAACCAAGAGAAAGAAAAACUUCUUCAGGAGAUAAGAAAAUAUAACCCCCUCUUUGAGCUUUGAAAGCAGUGGCUCAACCAUCUGUGCCAAGGAGAGACGAGAUCACCAGCAAUAGCACUACCUAGGACAGGAGGCACUGUCCAGUGUUGAAUAAGUCUGCUACAAGUGACAGAGGGAAUGGAGUGCUCAAUUCACUUGUGUGUGUGCGCUUGGAUGGAGGACAGGGCAAAGCAUGACCACAUCCCAGGAAACCUGGAAACUGGUUUGUGUGUGACUCUAGCAUCACAUCUUUCCUGUAUAAAGCCUUUUGACCCUCUGCAUACGGUAGGGCCAUUUCACUUCGUGGUUUCAUGGCAGGGACAUCUGCUUUCUUCACAGCCUGUGUGAAUAAGCGAAAGUACCCACCUCAGUCACCUAUAGAGCCACCAAAGAGUCCAUGUCUCAGAGCUUCCCACAGCAGAUCUAUAAAGCCCUUGACCUGAGCUUUGGCCCUGGUAGUGGAAUGGAACAGAAAGCAGCCCAGCGGAGGAGGGGUAGGGGGAAUGAGAGAUACAAGAAUAAAGGAGACCUGGACUCUGCAUUUUUUGGAAAGAACCAAGCUCAUGUCAUCGUGACUGGCAUUAAAAACAGAUUUUUCAGGGUUAAA